AGAGUCUAUAUUGGUAAUAGUGUUACUUUAAUUUCAUUAAGUUGUUCCUGUUUAGCAACAAUUGAUCAAUUUUUUGUUACAUCACGAAAUGCAAAUCUUCGACGAUUUAGUAAUAUGAAAUUGACAUAUCGAAUAUUAUUAAUUAUUUCAUUAAUAUCGUGUCUUCAUGGAAUUCCAAUUCUUUUAUUUUAUAAUAUUUCAUCAAUUACAAAAACAUGUAUAAACACUAAUGCUGGUUAUGCUAUUUAUACUCCCAUAUAUGGUACAGCUGUUCUUUGUUUUAUUCCAGUUAUAAUAAUGAUUAUAUUUGGAUAUCUAACAUAUUAUAAUAUUAAUUCUAUAAGAAUUCUUACUGAACAACAAGCCGAUCGUCAAUUAAUAAGAAUGAUUUUAUCUCAAGCAAUAUCUGCUUUUAUUACUUUUAUGCCGUAUGGUAUUAAUAUUGCUUAUAGUCAAAUUACAUUAAAUAUUAGUAAGGAUCCAUAUAGAUUAAAUAUUGAAAGUUUUAUUUCAAUGAUGACUACUUUAUUAUCUUAUAUCUAUUAUGCAGCAAAUUGUUACAUAUUUUUGAUGUCAUCAAGUCGUUUUCGUCGAACAAUGAAACUUCGAAUAUUAUUCUGUUUCCAACCGAAUCAAGUUGAUCCAUUUCAGCUGGGUGUUAUUGGGACACGAACAAUAAGCAAAAGAACAAGAAAUUUGUAA